CCAGGUAAUGACUGUGACUCGGGCGUUGGGGACAUAGGUGGUUGUUAUGUGUUUUUCUAUAUCUGUUGUGAAGCUAGUGAGGAGCGUAGAAAGGUUACUGUAGUAACACAUCUAAAAAAUCCAAAUCUUAUCGAAUCUGUAGUCGACGCAACUCUGAAACGUCAGCGAGACGAGGAACCCGUUGCCAUGUCCUCUUUGUCCUCACUCAGAAGGAGGUUGAAGAUUACAAGAAAAUUUGGCCUUGCAGAUGCUUUGAGGGAUGUCGGAGAACUGUUUAAUGGUCUUCGUCUAAUUGGUAGAAAUCCAGGACUGUUUCAAUGGGAUGAAGACCGUACAGAAAAUCAACAGGCUGAUGAUUACACUGAGUAUAUCCGAGACAAAUUUCUUGGAUCUCAAUAUCUUCGUGGUAACAUUGUGGAGGACGUUCAUAUGGACAAGAAUUACUUAAAUACUUCACAUCUUCAUGGAGGAUGCGAUGUAUCCGUUUACAAAGAAACAAAGGCGCCAUUCCAUCGACAAGGGAUUAGAAUCAAAAUUCAAGGUUCAAGUGAUGCCAACCAAGCAAUAGCAGAAUUAAUUGCUGCAAACACUAUUUCAUCUGAAAAACCAAUUGUGAUAUUGACAGAUUUUGAAAAGUUCGGUUUCUUCUGGGUUGCCUACCAUAAUCAAUCUGAACUUGCGGUUUUUACAGCUUGGUUUGAUGAUACACAUGCGGCAGCAACAUUUGCACGCAUGGUUUUGAAUCCCGAUUUGAUCCGGGGAAAAAUUGCAGACCAAUUCCCUACAUAUGAACGACGAGUUGUUCCACAUGAACUGACUGUGAUCAAUGAAGAUAGCGAUAGUGAAGAUGUAGGUAAUCUUGAUGACUUUGUUGAUGAGAUGACUCCUUUAGAACGCGAAGCACAUGAGAUCAACAAAAAGCUUCGAUUGCUUCAUCGUCAUAUUCCUCCUGCUUUUUCUAAAUUAUUAGCACAUAGAGUAGUUGCGCGUAAUGGAAAUCCCAGCUAUCAGACUAUGUUAGAAAGUGGACGAGUAAUGCAAGGUUUGAAAGGAGCGAAUGUCAAGAUGGCGUAG